UGAGAUAUUAGAUGCCAUAGGCCCAGACAGACCUCCAACAAUGCAAGACAAGAAACUGCUGAGUUACACGCAGGCUGUCAUCUGUGAAGUUCAGAGAAUGCAUAUCAUAACACCACUUGGAGGGAUCCAUUAUAGCUCUGACCAGCCAACAAAAUGGAAGGGCUAUACAUUACCCCCAAAUACAUCAUUGUCCGCCAAUGUGUAUGCUAUUCACCAUGACGAGGACCACUGGGAGCAGCCAUACCAAUUCAACCCUGAUAGGUUCAUAGGACCCGAUGGAAAAUUCCAGAAAGAUGACCAUUUGGUGACAUUUUCAGUUGGUAAGCGGUCAUGUCUGGGUGAAUCACUGGCCAGGAUG